AUGCAAAUUGCUGAAAUUGAAGACGGAAAAAAGAGACGACCGUUCACUACGCUACCUUUAAAAAUGAACGGGACCAAAAAUUUGGCACGGGACGGAAAUCUGCAAUCAUUUGAUGACCAGGCAUGUUCCCCUUCUUUGGUCGGUGGAUUACAACAACAAUCAAUUAAUUUGUCAGCAGCCAACAUUCUCCUCUCCCUCACAGCAUUUCUUGGAAAUUCUGUCAUCCUUGUUGUCCUUCUUCCUGAGGAAUCUUCCCUUCAUCCUCCGUCCAAACUUUUGUAUCGUUGUCUGGCAACAACUGAUCUGUUGGUUGGCCUGGUAUGCCAGCCUCUCUAUGCUACUUAUUGGAUGUCCGUCUCUUACGAACACUGGAGCCUUUGUAGAUUUGCAUACGACGCAUUCUCCGUAUCAGCUUAUGCAUUAUGUUCAGUGUCGUUGUUAACGAUGGCGGCCAUAAGCGUGGAUAGACUUCUCGCCUUGUUGUUGGGGCUGAGGUACAGAGUACUCGUAACUUUGAAACGUACUUAUAUUAUUUUAGCUACCUUUUGGGUGUUAUCUGGUUUCACUGCGAUAUGCUACCUUUUAGAUCCCCGUAUAGCCACGUGGAAUAGCAUUUUAUUCAUACCAUCGUGCCUAUCUAUCUCACUGGUCUCGUACACAAAGAUUUUCCGCACGCUUAGUCAUCAUCAGGCUCAAGUACAAGAUCACGCUCAACAGCAGCCGAACCAACCAAACGCAUUGAACAUGGCGCGGUACAGGAAGGCAGUGUACAGUGCCUUGUGGUGGGAUAAGUUUCUGCAGAAACUGUGA